AUGGCCGCCAAUGGUACUUGUGAAACAAAUCAUACCUUUGUUAAAUCAGGUGAUAAAAUUGGUAAACAGACCAUUACUCAAUGCACUACCGAAACGAAAGUGUUAGAUGGUGAACAGGAAGAGUUCCCUGUUCAUGUAUCGGAGUUGGUUAAGGGAGGUACAAAAAAAGGCAAUCGUGCAACUAAAAUUACUCGUCAGCAAUCGUUAACCGCUCGCCCGAGCAUAAAUGCGAGACGAGGAAAACUCAAUCUUUCUCUAAGUGUUGAUCAAGCUGAUAGCAUUUAUUCGGCGAAUGCACCUUCUCUAUCACCACGCCGCAAGUGGAAAGAGAAAGAACCCUUUACAUUUGAUGAAGCUGAUCUGUCGUAUUUGGAGCGAAAGGAAAAUCCCUUACGUCUGCGUAACAGGAGUGGGAGCUCUUCGCAAGCUUUAACUAGUAGUAGCACAUCGCCUGGUAGUAUUUCGGCAAAAGAUCUAGGCAAAAAAUCACGUUGUGGGAGCGUAGAUUCGAAUUAUAAAGUGAAUUUACGAAAUACAAAACGAUCUCAGGGGAUAACUUCUCGGGACUCAAAACCUAUGCUCACAAAGUCUCCACUAACUUCUUCACCUUCAGAUAGUAAAGUUACUUUAAGGAAAAGCUUGAAGAGUAAGAAACAUUUGCAGGAAAGAACUCCGUCUGCAGAAGAUUUGGCAGAUAUCAAGUCUAAUGCUGCCUCAGUUAAACGCUACAGUGUUGAGGCCACAACAUUGUCGGUACCUACUAUCAAUGGUCCUCAACCAUCACCGGGGGUGAUUCAAAAACAAAAAAUACAAUCCAAGAUAUUGAAAAGUGCAACUUUUGUAGUGAAUUCACCAUCGAUGACAAAUAAUGUUCAAGAAAAGAAAGAUACAAGUCCCUUCUUUAAAUUUCCUGACGUAAACACGAGUAGAAAUGAGACGAAUAUAAAUCAGGUAAAGUCUUCGUCGUCGAUCGACACUGACGAAGAUGGCUCAGAUGAUGACACAGAUAUAUUUAGCUUUGGGGCGGAAGCCCAGAAUAGUAAUGUGGCGCAUCAAGAUCACGGAGGUAAAGCGUCAACUUCUCCUAAUAAAAAAAGAAUAAACGGUGAAGAAGGUAUCGGUAAUCAUAAGAAUAGUUCUGAUCCCCACAUUGCAACAAAUGGAAAAAUUAGUAAUCAUUCGAAAGAAAAGCCCUCUAAGAACGAAAAUCUGCUACGCAAACGAUGCAAUUCUGAAAAGUUAAUUAGCAAAAAGGACCGUACUAGUACAGCGGUAUCGCCAGGUAAUCUUAAUAGUGAUUCCGACGAUCAGAGAGAUAAAAUGCAAGCCCAAAUUGGUAGAAAGCAAUGGAAUAAAACUGCCGCGAUUACGUAUAGUUCGGCAUGGAAAACUUACUUUCGAAUUUUUGGCAGAAUUUUAUACAAAAAGAUACGUGAAAAAGCAUCUGAUUGCGGCCUUAAUGGCGAUUCCAAUUUUCCUGAGAGCCAUAAUAAGUUCGAUCCAAACGCAGGCUUACCUGACUGGAAUACUUCAAAUAAGGAUUUAUGUGGAAUAAUUGAUAACUUAAAGGAUGCAUAUAAAUAUAUAAAUAUGAUAAAUCACCUUGUGAGUCUGUUGGAUGUCUUGAUGGUAGAUAAAUCCUCUCCGUCUGGAGAUCCGUUUAGAAUUAUCAAUGCUGUUCUUUUGAAAGAUGUUUUAAAUGUUACAUUAAUUUACGGAUGGAAUACCUUUGGCCCGCUAACCAUCACGACGUAA